AUGGUCAAUUGUACAGCGAUAUUUUCAACAAUGGGGAUCCCCGGGGUCUUACUCGUCUCACUGUCGCUCCUGGCCGUCUCUUUUCCCGUUUGUUCCGGGCAGGAGAAUGCUUAUACAUUCGUCAAUAGCAAGGCAUCCUCCACUUUCGGUCCUGAAUUUGAUGCCCUUCGAGCGAUUCAGGCUGGAGCAGGCUACUGGUCCAGCUCGGGGCAUCAUUCUGGCGAUGAGGCAGGUACCAGCACUACGCCGACUAUUCCGAAAACAGCUGUUGUGGAAACAUUCUUUUCUCAGUCACUUGGACAGGAUUCUUCGAGAGUCCAGCAUACUUAA